GCCGACAUUCGCAAUGAGAAGGCAUCAGCAGCAUUUGGUGGCAAAGAAAAUGUUAUGGUUGGGCCAGGCGUACAGAAUCAGAUUGUCUUGUGCCGCAAAGCACGUCCGGGAUACAAAUUUGAUUAAAUCGGCGAUUUUCAAGCCGUUCGAGUGCCCCCGCCUCGAUCUCUUUCUCAGAAGAUAUCGCUCAGAAGUGAUUAUACUGAUAUUUUAUCUUCCUGUAAAACUGGUGUGCUGCCACCAGAUAACAUUAGCGACAGCGAAUUCGCAAUAA